AUGCCAAGGAUUGAGGUCGAACCUAAAUCUGGAAAAAAUGAUGAGAAGCUUGCAAAUUCUGAAAUUUCUACUGUAUCAUCAUCAUCAGCAUAUGAUAAUGAUAGUAAUGUAGUGAAAUCAUCAAGUGCACCUUCCACUAUCAUGUCAAAUACCGCGGAUCAAGGUGCAUUCACGUUACCUUUAUCUGUGUUUGGUGCAGCCAAUUGCUGCCCAGGUCCCUCACUUGGUAUGCUACCGGUACCAAACUCCCAUCUACAUUCUUUACUUGCUUUGCACCUAGCUGCCUCUCAGUUACCUCUGUCGGAAAUGUUAAAGGUUCCGUUUUUGGCAAAUCCUUCGGUUACGACAACUGAUAUUCAGUCCAAACUGGAUUCUAAUGCUACAGUCUAUAAGUCAUUUGCCAAUGAACCAGUACUUCACACUGGCAGUAAAAUAAAUGAUCUGUUGAAAGUAGAUGAGAAUGGCCUUGUUGGCGGUAAAAAGUCGCCAUCACCACUUUUGCACUCGUUUUCAACUAUGACGACGUCAGAUUUAACUUCGGGUAUUACAAAUAAAACAGGAUUGUCGCUAGAAAAUCUGCUGGAGGAAACGGUGAAAGAGCCCACUUUAUCUAUUGCUAAAUCGUUAGUAGCGGAAUUUAAACUUGAAAAAGAUUUGUUGCACCUUCAAAAUGGACAGUUACGUCGAGAAAAUACCUUGUUACGUAGCGCACUUGCAAAUAGUGCAGUUUUGUCCGUGCUGCCGAGAUCUCGUCUUGUAUUAUAUAUGGGUUUGCAGGCAGGCUAA